AUGUUUAAAGCUAUAUUCCAAAUGAAUAGUAUAGAACGUGUACGGAGGUAUUUAGGACUCAACUCACUCCAGGUACCCCUCCCGACUAAAAAGGCCCGUAGGAGACGAAACGGCAAGACACGACACGUAUUAGUGGACAUGGAUGAUCCUAUCACGAUAGCUAAAAACAAGCUAAGCGAACUCAAAUCAGAUUCGGGUAAAAAACUGGCUUCACCGGAGAAGGCUUCGCUUACUCCAGACCUAACCUCCUCCCCUUCAGGCGAUUAA